AUGUCAUUACACCGAGAUCAGAAACCUUGCACUGAAAGAACCAAUUUCAACACUGUUCACUAUCUAUCUAUCUAUCUAUCUAAUCUAAUCUAUCACAGACUGUUCACUAUCUAUCUAUCUAUCUAUCUAUCUAAUCUAAUCUAUCACAGACUACUGUUCACUAUCUAUCUAUCUAUCUAUCUAUCUAAUCUAAUCUAUCACAGACUGUUCACUAUCUAUCUAUCUAUCUAUCUAUCUAAUCUAAUCUAUCACAGACUACUGUUCACUAUCUAUCUAUCUAUCUAUCUAUCUAAUCUAAUCUAUCACAGACUACUGUUCACUAUCUAUCUAUCUAUCUAUCUAUCUAAUCUAAUCUAUCACAGACUACUGUUCACUAUCUAUCUAUCUAUCUAUCUAUCUAAUCUAUCUAUCACAGACUACUGUUCACUAUCUAUCUAUCUAUCUAUCUAUCUAUCUAUCUAUCUAAUCUAUCACAGACUGUUCACUAUCUAUCUAUCUAUCUAUCUAUCUAAUCUAAUCUAUCACAGACUUUCACUAUCUAUCUAUCUAUCUAUCUAUCUAUCUAUCUAUCUAUCUAAUCUAAUCUAA